CAUACAAGUGCUACAUAUGCGUAUCACUGCUAUAUCGCCACGUUAGGUUGCUGCGGCUACGUUGGUACCAUGACUCGCACAGUGCAAGCGCUUCGAGCAUGCCGCAUGCUUCGAUCAUUAUCGGCAGCUAAUGUUUCAGCGUUGCAGCUACCACUUGCCGCGACAAGCGUAGUUGGCUGUCAAGCGUCAACGUCUGGCGGUGGCUGUGACCACGAUGGCUGCAGAGGUCUACUUUCGUUUGGCCAACACCUAACAGUUCGUCUCUUCAGCUCUGGACAUGAAAAUGGUGGAUCCUUUGCAUCUGGCGACCGUGUUGCGUCAAACUCCCGCGACCCGCUUGAGAGCUCAACCAAUGCCCGGAUUCGGGAGGUCGCAACAACUCUCAGCAACACGCUACCAGUUAGCUUGCACUACGACCGUGGCGAGGUGCCCAUACCGCCGGACUUGGACAACCCUCUUGGGCGCGCGAUGUUGCGAGUGAUGGGUUUUGAGAGCAAGAAGAGCAAGCUCUUACACGCGGCCCAGCGGUUGUACGAGGCAGUGACUGAGCAGGUGGACUCGGGCGUCCUGCAGAAGUCCUUCCAAACGGGCAACGUCUUCUGGUCCACCUACGUGCUGCUCUCGCUGCACGUGUGGCUGGUCAUCCACCGCCUGCGCACCUCCUCCCACCCCGACGUGCGCUUCUUCCGGCAGCGCUUCUACAACCAGUUCCAGCAGGAUGUGGAGUUCAGGGUGUAUGCGGCGGGCGUGCAGGUGGGGGUGGUCAAGUGGCUGAAGAAGCUGGAGGAGCACUUUUACGAGACGUCCUUUGAGUUUGACAAGGUGCUGGCGGGCGAGUCGCAGGAGCGGUUGGCUGACGUCAUCCUGCGCAAGUACUUUGGAGGGGAGGAGCGACACCGCCCCAACGCCGAGCUCCUGGAGCGCUACGUGACCCGCGAGUUGCACUGCCUGACCCUCACGGACGAGGAGGCGGUGCUGCGGGGGCACGUGCGCUUCAGCACCGUGCUAGCGGGGGCGGUGCGGCGAGCGGGCGUGAACUCGCCGGCUGAGGAGGCGGGCGCGGGGGGAGGUGGC